GCCUGGCUCCGCAGCCGCGAGCGCGGAGCGGGCACGGCGGUGGGAGCGCAGCGCCGUGAGGGGCCGCGCGAUGUGGCUGAAGCCUGAGGAGGUGCUGCUGAAAAAUGCCCUCAAGCUGUGGGUGCAGGAGCGCUCCAACCAGUACUUCGUGCUGCAGAGGCGGCGGGGCUAUGGCGAGGAGGGCGGAGGCGGGCUGGCAGGGCUGCUGGUGGGAACCCUGGAUGCAGUGCUGGACUCGACGUCGAAGGUGGCCCCGUUCCGCAUCCUGCACCAGACCCCCGACUCGCAGGUGUACUGGUCCAUCGCCUGCGGAUCCAGCAGAGAAGAAAUAACAGAACAUUGGGAGUGGUUAGAACACAAUGUUAUGAAGACUUUAUCAGUGUUUGAUUCAAAUGAAGACAUUACGAGCUUUGUCCAGGGAAAGAUAAGAGGUUUGAUUGCUGAAGAGGGAAAAUAUUCUUUUGUAAGAGAAGAUGAUCCUGAGAAGUUUCGUGAAGGUCUUAUGAAGUUUGAGAAGUGCUUUGGAUUACCAGAGCAGGAGAAGUUGAUUACCUACUACUCAUGCAGUUACUGGAAGGGCAGAGUGCCCUGUCAAGGAUGGCUGUAUCUUAGCACCAACUUCCUUAGCUUCUACUCAUUUUUGCUUGGAGCAGAAAUAAAACUUAUUAUCUCCUGGGAUGAAAUAUCAAAACUUGAGAAAACUUCCAACGUGAUUCUGACAGAGAGCAUUCAUGUGUGCUCCCAUGGGGAAGAUCAUUAUUUUUCCAUGUUUUUGCACAUUAGUGAAACAUUCCUGCUCAUGGAGCAGCUGGCAAACUAUGCAGUUAGAAGACUUUUUGACAAGGAGACAUUUGAGAAUGAUCCAGUCCUUCAUGACCCUCUGCAGAUCACCAAGAGAGGCUUGGAGAGCUAUGCCCACAGUAAGCAUUUUAGUGCAUUCUUCAGGCUACCUAAAGAAGAGUCCUUGAAGGAAGUUCACGAGUGCUUCUUAUGGGUUCCUUUCAGUCAUUAUAACACCCAUGGGAAGAUGUGCAUUUCAGAAAACUACAUCUGCUUUGCUAGCCAGGAUGGCAGCCUGUGCAGUGUAAUCAUUCCACUGAGAGAGGUCACAGGGGUGGAUAAAGGAGAUCCAGCCAACAGAGGAGUCAGCAUUAGUACCAAAGGGAAAACAGCUUUUCGUUUCACAGAGGUGAGGGAUUUUGGACUGCUUGUGGCAAAGCUCAGGAUGAAAUGCAAUGCAACUGCAAGUCCACAACACAUCAUAAGUACUGAGGUUGCAGCUGGUUCUGCCACUGACAGUCCAAAGGAUUUUGGUGCAGAACAGUCAAAGAUGGGCCAGAGAGAUAACAGCAAAACUGUCAGUACAGAAGCACUUAUGACUGUCUACCAUCCUCAGGAUGCUGAGAACCUUGACUCUAAAAUGUUGAAAGAAAAAAUGAAGGAACAGUCGUGGAACAUCCUGUUUGCGGAACGGGGCCAUGGGGUCAGUAUGUUUCGAACAAAGAAGACUCGAGACCUGGUUGUAAGAGGCAUCCCAGAGGCAUUAAGAGGAGAGCUCUGGCUGCUCUUCUCAGGUGCUGUAAAUGAUAUGGCAACCAACCCUGGUUAUUACCCCGAGUUGGUGGAGAAGUCCUUAGGAACGUGCACUUUGGCUACUGAUGAAAUUGAACGAGAUUUGCGCCGCUCCUUACCUGAGCACCCUGCUUUUCAAAGUGACACAGGAAUUUCUGCCCUCAGGAGAGUUCUUACAGCUUAUGCAUUCAGGAAUCCACAAAUUGGAUAUUGUCAGGCAAUGAAUAUUCUGACAUCAGUGCUUCUGCUGUAUGCUAAAGAGGAGGAAGCAUUCUGGCUUUUGGUUGCUGUGUGUGAAAGGAUGCUCCCUGAUUAUUUCAAUCGCCGAAUCAUUGGUGCCUUGGUAGAUCAGGCAGUGUUUGAGGAGCUCAUCAGGGUUCACCUGCCCCAGUUGACAGACCACAUGACGGACAUGACUUUUUUCUCCUCGGUCUCUCUCUCCUGGUUCCUUACCCUUUUUAUCAGUGUGCUGCCAAUUGAAUGUGCAGUCAAUGUGGUGGACUGUUUCUUCUAUGAUGGAAUAAAGGCAAUCUUGCAGCUGGGCCUUGCAGUGCUGGAAUACAACAUGGAGAAGUUGCUCACUUGUAAGGAUGAUGCAGAAGCAGUCACUGUUCUCAACAGAUUUUUUGACAGUGUCACUAACAAAGACAGUCCUUUACCUCCAGCUGUGCAGCAGGGCUCCAACCUCAGUGAUACAAAGAGUGACCUUCCAAAAGUGGACAUCACUGAUCUGAUCCGAGAGUCAAAUGAAAGGUACGGUGACAUUCGCUACGAGGACGUUGAGAGCUUGCGCUGCAGGAACCGGCUUUAUGUCAUCCAGACCUUGGAAGCCACCACCAAGCAGAAUGUGCUACGUGUUGUGUCUCAAGAAGUAAAAUUCAGUCCUAGUGAUCUUGAAGAGCUUUAUGAAUUAUUCAAGAAGGAGCAUUUUCUUUCCUGUUACUGGAGUGUAAAUAGUCCUGUCCUGCAGCACCACGAUGCCAGCCUGCCCUACCUCGAGCAGUACCGGAUAGACUGCCAGCAGUUCAGGGCUCUGUGCCACCUCCUGAGCCCCUGGUCACACUGUGCAAACAGAGACUCUCUGGCUCUGUGGACAUUCCGACUGAUGGAUGAGGGUUCCAACUGCCUUAUAAACUUCAAACAAUUUGCCUGUGUUCUUGAUACGAUGUAUAACGGAAGCUUCACUGACAAACUCAAGUUUCUUUUUAAGUUGCACAUCCCUCCAGCUUUUACUGAAGUAGAAUCUCUAAGCCCUUCCAAAGGGAAUGAUCUUUCAAAAGAAGAACUGAUGCACUUCAGCCAACUCAGUGUUUCAUCUGUUGGGGAUAAUCUUGAAAGUGAUUCUUUGAAGAGCAGCCCAGAAAAAGGGAAGGGGAAGGUUGACAUUCAGGCAUAUCUGAAGCAAUGGCAAGAUGAACUUGUUAAAAAAGAAGAAAAUGUCAAGGAUUUGCCAAGAAUGAAUCAGUCUCAGUUCAUCCAGUUCUCAAAAACUCUCUACAAUCUGUUCCACGGGGAUCCUGAGGAGGAGCUCUUGUAUCGGGCCAUCGCGGUGGUCACCAGCCUCCUGCUGAAAAUGGAAGAAGUUGGCAGAAGGCUGCAGAGUCCCAUGUCACCUGUCAGGAGUCCAGUUGCUGUUACAGAAGUGGCUGCUGAAGUGCCCAGAGAGGGGCAGGAGGAAAGCAGCUCUGAGCAGAGUGAAGGCAGAGCACAGAGUUUGGAAGGGAACCAGGAAUGGUCUUUUGCCUUUGAACAGAUUCUGGCCUCCUUAUUAAAUGAGCCGGUCUUUGUGAGAUUUUUUGAAAAACCUCAUGACAUAAAAGCUAAAAUAGAGAGUGCUAAAAAUUUACAACUUAAAGCAAGAACCAGAGUGUAAUUUUCUUUACAUUUGACUCUGAAUUUAUCACAUAAAGUGCUUACAAAUGAAGGCUGUAACUAUGGAAAUCAAGUCUGGUGUUGACAUAGGAAAUGAAGUUUGAAGAAUUAGCUUCAAAUAUCAGAUAACUGGUAUGUAAUGUAAAUAAAAAUAGUUUGAAGCACAGUCA